GCUAGUUUAGUGAGGUCGCCGUCCGUUGGAGCGCAGCACUGAGGCAGGGCGUGCCAGGGGCGUGCACUGCACGCACAACCUCCCUAAAUAAGUAAAUAAUGGCAAUAGGGCUAGCAGUAACGCAUUAUUUGACUUUAAUUCUUGGUAUUGGAGCUUCUGAUUAGCUAACAAUAUCGCCAUCGGUCGCCAUCUCCUUCCAGCAAGUGACCUUGGAACUCUGUUAAAUUGUGUGUAAAUAUUAUUGUUUUAUUUCCAAUGUGCGCCUCACGCUACGCAUGAUAACGCAGCACGAUCGCCCCAUCACCGCCCAACACUCUGCGAAAGAAUAUAACCAACUUGACGUAUCGUGAUAUAGACGAUCAAAGUUUUAAUUGCAGACAAAAAAGGAAGCGACGGAGGCAAAGUUUUAGAUUCCCGUUAAGCUAAUUGCGUGAAUUUUGCCUAUGUACUUUGAAGUUUCAUAUAAAAUUGUUAUAAAAUGAUUUGUACCCAACGAUGAUAAAACAAUAAUUGUCAGCGAGAAAUCAUGGUGUUCAUUGGCAAAAUAGUGAAUGCAGUUAAGCAAGGAUCCAAAAGGGGUCUGAAAAGGACCUUCAUUGAUUCAUUGCGAUUGCACGUAAGAGGAGGUACAGGAGGAAAUGGGUUGCCAAAGUAUGGUGGAAUUGGUGGGAAAGGAGGAGAUGUUUUCUUGGUUGCUGAAAAAGAUACGAAAUUGAAGCGAGUUUUAUCAAAACUCCCAACAAAACGUAUUGCUGCUGGUUCUGGAGGACAUAGUGAAAAUAAGAAACUCUUGGGAGAACCUGGAAAUGAUAUUGUAAUUGAAGUUCCAGUUGGUGUUUCUGUGUUUGACGAGUAUGGUCGAGUUAUAGGUGAUUUGAAUGAAGAUCAGGCUAAAAUACUAGUGGCCAAAGGUGGGCCAGGUGGAUCUCCUUUGACUCAGUUCACUGGCCUCAGAGGGGAAGCAGGUACUAUCAUUUUGGAUCUUAAAUUAAUUGCUGAUGUGGGAUUAGUGGGAUUUCCCAAUGCUGGAAAGUCAUCCCUUCUAAAGGCAAUCUCAAGAGCAAGACCUAAGGUAGCUUCAUAUCCUUUCACUACAAUUGAGCCAAAUGUAGGAGUUCUUGAGUUCAGUGACCUCAGGCAGAUAACAAUGGCAGAUCUUCCUGGACUUAUUGAAGGAGCUCAUGCAAAUGUAGGACUGGGUCAUAAAUUCUUAAAACAUGCUGAAAGAACAAAAUUGAUCCUGAUGGUAGUGGAUGUCAAUGGUUUUCAGCUUAAUUACCGUCAUCCAAAACGUUCUGCUCUUGAAACAGUAGUGCUUUUGAAUAAGGAAAUGGAGUUAUAUCAAGAAGAUCUUUUAAAAAAACCAAUUAUGCUUGCUGUGAAUAAAAUGGAUGUUCCAGGAGCUGAAUAUAAAUGGAAAGAAUUAGAAGCAAGUCUGAAAGAUUUUGACAAUGCAGUGGCCAAUUUUCCUGAAGAACUUCGCCCUCUACAAGCAAUAAAAUUUCAAGACAUUAUGAGUUUGUCUGUGCAAUCGUGUCAAAAAAGUGUUCUCAAUUUAAAAGAGAAAAUACGAUGUGUGUUAGAUUCUGAAGCUGAUAAAGCAACAGAAGAAGAAGAAUUAAAGUUUCGUAAUCGUUUAAAGUUGAAAAUGGUGGAAUCGGGUCCAAAACUCUCUUAAACAAAAUGAUUUUAUUUUAUUAUAGAGUAAUUUAUAUAAUUUAUUGUUUUUCUUUCACCACUAUUAUAUUAAUUUUGUAGAGUUUAAUAAUAAAAUUCUUAUCUUCUGAUAAAAAAUUGUUUUUAUUGAGCAUACAGAUGCUUUUUUUGACAAAUUUAACAUUAAUCAAGUAGCAUGUAGCAGUAAACAAACCAUCUAUCGGGCAGCACUUCAAAACCAACGAAACCAUUUCUAAUUGCACUCAAGCUCAGUUUGACCAACUCUGCCCAACAUCUGCAUUCUUGAAGUACAUCUAUAGUUUCUCUGUUUCAUGGGAGAUGGGCCAUAUUGGUUUGGAGAAUCUGUCCAUCACCAAGAAUGGGAGAGACUAGAUUUGGGAAGGAUCGUGUGUGGUCCACAGCUAGUUGUCAAAAUGCCAACUUCAGCCUAUGAUUGACUUCAAUCAUAUUGUGCGUAUCAUUGAUGGUGUUACAAAAUUGAUAUUUCCAUGAGUUAUGAAAGAUACAUUACAUGAGACAAUUUUUUUUUCGUGAUAGUUUUGUUAAAAAUAAAUCUAAUGAGACUUUGCAGCCUUCUAGAUGCUAUAUAUUCUCUCAGAUGUUCAUCCCAUUACUGAAAUUAUAAAUAGAGUAGCUAGCUAAUCAUCACUGUAUAAUAUUGUGUGUGUGUGUGUUAUCGUCCAUAACGAAAUAUAAUUUUUUUUAUUGAGGCCUUGCAAAGCAGAAGGGACAAAGUACAAAAUUUUCGAAAUUAUUUUAUAUAUAAAUAUUAAGUUCCUGGCCAUAUUAGAUGCGCUCUCAACAUUUUGUUGAAAAUUAAGUUCAGAAGGCUUUCCCUGAAAUAAACUACAUCUGACAUUGUGCAAAUCAAUAAAUGAAAAUUAAUUUUCUUUUCGUAAGAAUUAAAAUAGUCAUAACGUGUCAAUGUUGUGAUACCUUAUUGUUGCGUAAAUACACAAACUACUAGAGCUCUGUGCAACAGGAGGUAAUGAGAGUGGUGUGUUGUUUCUUUAUAAUAGUUUCAUUUCCAUUUAUUAGUUUGUGAAAAAUGUAAUUGUAGCUAUGUUUAUUUAAAAACUAAAGAGUUCUUAUACACGAAACAUUGAGAGUUUAAAAAAAAAUAAAGAAGUACACAUCUUGGAAGAUCGCCAAAGUAAGAGCAUUAGUUGACAAAAUUAUUCAAAUCAUGAGAUAAAAAAUAAAAAACACUUCCUUAAGAAAAUAAUUCAAGUGUGGUACAAUCGUGCACUAAUAGCAUGCCAAAGAGAAUUGCAGCUCUAAUAGCUGUCUGACAAAGUGUUACGUCAGAAUGUGUAAGGAGAUUUGUUUUCAGAAAUGGUUUCCCAACCACAUUAUACCAACUGUCACCAUUUUGCAUAUGAUUAUUUUUUAUUGUAAACAUUCAGUUACUUCAUAUUUCUUUAGAAAUACAGAAAUGAACAUUUUAUCACAAAAACUUGAUUUUUGUAUUAUACAUAUUUCCUCCAUUAUUAACACAAGUACCUGAAAUGCAAGAUAAUUAAAAGAGAUGCUUUCACAGACAAGUGAAAAGCACACUACGCAUAGCCAGAUUUGCUCUAAUAAGAUAAUUGAAGAAUCUCAUUCUUUAUUUCUCAUUUCAUAUUUUCGUUAGGCAGAUACAUAAAUAUUACAAAAAAUCUUUCUUUUUUAUAAGUAUUUUAUUGCUAAAAGUGUUUCACACACACAAAAUAUUAUUCAAUAACAUACCAUUAAGUAUUUUCAAAAAAAUUACAAUUAAUAUUUGGGUGCAUUAUGUGGAUAGAACAUUAAAAACAUUUAAUGAUAUGUUUCAGGAUAUUAAGAACACGUCACACCCCCAGUCAAUUUUGAACAUAAAACCCAAAGAAUAUAUUUUUAAGUUUUUGGAUGGAUUUAAUUGUGACUUACUCCUUAAAAAGUUCCACAACUCAAUUUGCAUGGAUAGCUGAUUUACUACCUUCAAGUCAGUCUUAUUCUCAGUCUCAAAUCGCAUCUUCAAAUUCUCUAAUACUUCUAAAAACAGCAAUUAACUAGGAGUGUGACUUACUGGUGUAAACAAAGCACUAGUGGUCAUUAUAAAUUUAUCCACAUUCAGUUCCACAAUAACUUUUAUAUAACAAAUUCCCACUUUUGUUCAAAAUAUGUCUUCAGAUUGAUUCUUUAGAAGCUCUAACUUCAGAUAUUAGAUUAUAAGAUCUUUACUUGAUUUAUGCAUUACAUAUAAAAACUAUAUAUCACUUAAAAAUUAACAAAAUUAGAUGUGCGUAUUUCAUAUUUCUAUAAUUCUUUUGGGUUAAACAAUAUGCUUUACACACUGUAUGAUAUAUACAAACAUUUGUUGUCAUCAAACCAUGUAACUUUUUCAAUAAAAUAUUAAUUAUUAAGAUUUAUUAAAUUAAAAUUUCCCUGAAAGGGAACUAAAUGCCAUUUGCAUAUCAAUUGUUAUUCAAGACUAUUGCUUUAGAGUAUCACAAUCAACAUCAUAAAGUAAGCAAUUGCUUUUUUUUUCUUAAAAAAAUAAAUAUAAACUCUUUGGAAGUAAACCAUUCACUAGUAUUUGCUUGGCUUGUUAUCACAGUAAAUAUUUUCUGAAACCUUUUGAAAUUUUAUUAGCUAUAGAGAAGCAGCUACAGCAAUAUAAGCAGAGAGCUUGUCUUCUUCAAAAUUGCAUUGUAUAACUACGAGCUUUUCAUCAAUGUUAACAAAUAUAUUAGAACCAUCAUGGUCAAUAUUGCAGUCAGUUGGCCACAGCUCUGUACAUAAACUCUGCCGACACACAUCCAAAAUUUCUUCUUCAGAAAGUAAAUUCAGUUCACCUUUAACCCAGAAAGACCUAUUAAUUACAAGUGGGUGUUGUUCUGUGUAUUUUAGCUCAGUGUUUUUUUCAACCAUUUCAUCUGAAGAUUCUGCAAAAUAAUCUUUACGAAAUUCUUCCACAAGAGAUUCAGAAAUCUCUGCAUCUGCAGAUAAAGUGUUUAGGAUAGUGGAACAAUGAUUCUUUGAAACCUCUCUGGAAGCUUCGUUCCAAAUACGUUCAGCUUGUGGAAUAGCACCAAGUGAGUUAUAAUUCUUUCUCUCUAUAUCUCUCUCAAUAUCGUUUAACAUAUUUUGAAUACUAAGGCACAGACCUUUAACAAUAGUAAUAAUUUUUUCUGGCUGCCUCAAACCUAGUAUACAGAAGAUCUCUUCUGCAAAAGUUACCAAUCUUAACCAUACAGGUCGAUCCAUAAUGAGCAAUAUCGCAGCUAACUGAGUAAUUUCAAAUAAUCCUAUGUGUCGAAAUUGAGUUGGCAUGGUAUGUCGUUCAGAUAAAACAUUAAAAAGCAAUUGGAUGUGAUUAAAUAUUUGCACCAAUUUUGAUGGAUCUUUUAAAAAUUCUUGCAAUGCUUCUUGACAAUAUUUUGUAGCAGACAUGUUAUUAAUAUUUACUGUACCUUUACCUACUUUGUUAUUACUUGCAAUACUUCUGAUCAAUCCACAAACAAAGUAAGCCACUUCAACAUACUGAAGUCCUGAAGUCCAUCCUAAAGCCUUUAGCAGUGUGCUAGCUAUUUGCAAUAUUCGUUCAUGAUCCGAUUCAGCAAACUUUUUUAACAUGGUCAUCAACUCCAUUCUUUCAUAGGCAUUAAGAAGAGGGUAAGAGAACUUUGAUCCAAUCUUUUGAACAGAUUUGCCUCUUGUAUUUUCAAGACCAAGCAACUCUUUCAAUGAUGCUAUCUUUAGUAGCUGAGAGUCUUGCUGAACAAAUGCUGUUGGUGACUUUCCAAUGAUUGAUUCGGUCAUUGAUUUAAAUUCUGCCUCAGAUAUCUGAUUACCAGCAUAUUUCUUUGUAGCUUCAAGUAUCUGUACUCUUUGAUCUGGUGUAGCCUGCACAAGUUGGAUAGGAUCAAUAGACAAAUUUUCAUUGACUGUAAUUAUGCCUCCCUCAGUGAAUGUUGCUCUACUUUGAGUGGGACGAAAUUGUUUGUCCAUUCUCACUAAUGCUGAGAAAAAGUCAUCAACAUUAUUUAUAUGUUUCAAUGACCUAAUUACUUGAGCAUUUCCUUCUAUAGUAUUUUUCUCAUAUUUAGUAUUUCUUGCAACCUUACGAAACAUUUUUCUGUGCCUAUUACUUCUUAAGUUAUUUUCAAAUUCUUGAAGAACACCAUUUUGGGUGUUUUCAAUAAUCGAUUUCGCAGUCUGAACGUUAACUGCAGCAUGAGCAAAAAGUAAGAGAGAUGCUGAAAACUGAAACACGUCCAGACUUGUAAGCUGAUCUUUAUUCAAUUUAUCAAUAAGUAAGUGAAAGCUGUUCAAAAGACCUAAACCAUUCACUGCAACAUUACCUACAUUUAAUGCUGUUACAGUGGCACAACCAAACCUACCCAUCACUUUACCGGAUUGAGCCAUUUUAGCAGUGACAGUUGUAGCUGAACUCGAAGCUACUCCCAUAACACUCCCACCAAUUGACAGCCAACAGUUACGUGACUCCCCAUCAUGCAAACCUAAACUUUGUUUGUGGGUUCCUCUGUCAAUCAAAGUUGACCCUGAACGCAUAGUAGUAUAAGCACAGAUUCCUCUAGUAAGCCAGAGAGAUGCUUGGAGCAGAGGGCCUGCUACUGGAACAAAAAGUGAAGCUGCAGCAAUUGCAGUGGUACCAACUGCCAAACCUGCAUUAGCAUAAUCUAAACAUUGUAUUACACUUUUUGACAACCUAGUUGCAGGAGACUUCCCAAACUCAAUGACAACUGUACCCUCGCUGUCUGUGGUGUACCUGCCACCCAAUGGAUAACAAUAUUCACAUGGAGGGAACUGGUUGUUUUCAAGAAAGUCUGUCCAACUACUGUACACUCGAGCAUUAAUAUCAAUAAAUGAUGAGUCAACACCACUUUUAUCAUUUGGUACUUUAAACACAGGCCAUGAUUUCAAUUCUUCCUCUUUCUCAGUCCAAAACACAUACACAAAAGCCAUGCAAGUUUCAUCUUUAGAGCAUUGACCACGAUUACCUUCUUCUAAUAUUUUUGCACAAAUUUUUUGAAUAAUUAAUUUUGUUUCUGGGUCAAGUGCAUUUUCAAUAGGGCCAAAUAAUAUAUAUUUCACUUUUCUCUCCAAAAAUUCUCUUUCAGACUUCUUGUAUAAUUCCCAAUCAUAGUCUAUUACCAAUUCACAAACUUCCUGUUGACGUUCUUUAGCUUGAGUUUUCCAUGACAUCGCUGACAUCAUUGUUUCCAUUAAGAGGAGAUCAUGAGAGAAGGCAAGUUAUUUCUUAUAAACAAUCAUGCACAUCGGUUAACGGCAGUAAAAACAGAAUCAACUUUCUCAGUACCAAAAUUGAUCACAAGAACAACCUAGAAGUACCCCACGUACUCUCCGGGAGUAAUUGAAUGAGUUAUUUUCUUAUUAGCCCCACCCACCCAACAUUACAGAUAAUGGCCGAUUUAAAUGUAGUGGCUAUAAUGAUUGUGUAUCCGAUUGGAUAAUCGCGUCUGAAUUGAUGUUAUAAGUCACUACAUUUCAAUGGGACAAAACUGAUUGACACUCACGUGCAGGGCCCUAUAACUCCCAUAUAACGUGGUGGGGACAUUACGGUGGCGCGCUCUGCUGCAUCACCUGUGC